CAAUUUCCCCUUAUAUAUUCCCCCUUAUGUCUAUUACUAUUUCACAGUAGCAUCCAUGUUGAACAAUUCCUCUUGAUCUUUGUCUUUGACUUCAUAAAAAUCCACGUUCACUUUUCCAAAUCCAUCUCUUCCUUUUUGACAAAGGUCAACAGCCAAAAUGGCUUCUCAUAUGCUCCCCCUCGCUGGCCCGCGCUCGUCCGGCACAGGGCAAUAUGUGCCCGGGGCGGACGACCUGCAUCAACUUCUCAACGAGAACAACCGGCGGACGACCGGGUACGCGGGGUCUCGCAAGACGACGCAAGCGUCCAUACAGUCCAUGCAAACGGAUGUCGUACCCACGGGGCGCAACGUCUUCUCCCCUAUGAGCAUGGAGGAUCACAAAGUUGUGUCCGUUCCGGGGGGCUUUGUGCUCGCUUCCACGGACGGGCGGAAGACCAAAGCGCACGUGGACGAAUACAAAGCGCGGUACCAAAACCAACCGCCGUCGGUGAAAUCGUCACGAGCCACAGCGAACCAGCUGACGGUGUCAGAUCGCAUUGGUUCCGGAUCGGUGAAGUUUCAGCCCCAGCAGCCGGUGGACCCGGAGACGGCGGCGCUAGUGGAGACAUUGCGGCAAAUGCAGGACAACACGUUCCAAGACGUUUUGGCGCACACGCCCAACCCACCCCAGUGGAACAGCACUCCGGGGAGUGGUCCGCGAGGCUCGCAAGUAGGCGGACAACAACAAACUGGGCCGCGUACUAGCUCCAUCCAAAAACCGCGGUACCAAGACACGCGAGACGCUUUUCAGGCGGAGUACGGCGUCAAGAAUGCCUUGCCCCCGCAGGCAAAUCAGGGGCCGAAGAAAAAGGUGUCUACGGCGCUCAAAAAGGUGAAUUAUGUGAAGAGUCACAUCGCGAAUAUCGACAAGCAGGUUCGCUCGUACGCCAUUGACAGAAGUCCGAGCGCGGGGAAGUUGAUCCCAAAAAACGCGAUGGACGACCAGAAAAUAGAGGCCGUCGCGGUCCGGAAGCCCGGGGCCCCUGGGGACGCGCCGCGAAAGAGCGUGGUGGAGGAGGUGCGGAAGAGCAUGUCGUCGCGCGCCAGCUCCGCUCCGCCACCGGGGUCGAUUUUGCGGGUGCCAGUGGUCUUGACCAGACCCUCGCAAGUUCGCGCUAGUCGGACUUCGCAAGCGGAGAAGAGCACCCUGUUCACGGACAAAUACGCAGCGCAAGUGCUGAACAAGCCGAAAACGGAAGAGGCGAGAAUGCUGCAGAACGCCGCUAUUCUGGAAGAAUUGGAAGCCCAGCACGGUUACAUUCCACCCCACGCAAGAAACUUGAUUCUGCACGAAAAUACGCCCGAGGUCCAGACGAAUCUGGACCAAAUUCUGCAGCAACCCCCGCAAGUCAGCCGCAAGACUAGGCUGGAAUUCCGUGAACCACCGGCGUACAUCGCCGAGCAGCUUGGUUUGGGCGUUCCAGAUCCUGAACGCAUGGAGGGCUUGCGCUACCUGGCGGCCAAGCAGCAGGAGCAACGCGAAAUCAACGCGCUGCAAAACUCGCUUCCGAAGGGCACGGACCUGCAGGCUUUAUCCGUGCGGCAAUCGGUGGUGCCGUCGCCGGUCCAGGCCCCGCAGCUGGUUCCCCCGGCGGCCGACAGCGAUUUGCUGACCAACCCACGCGUGUCCGGCCUUCUGGGCGAGAUGCGGGCGGCCGGAAACCUGAAGCCGUUCGACCCCAACGACCCGGCGAACAAUUUGAUCCAGAUGCGGGUCAAGGUGGGACAGGACAUGUCCUUCGGGCCCACGUACAUUUCGUCGGCGGAUGCUACCGUUGUUGAUGAUGUCAAGCCAGCAUCGAGACCGCCGUCCAGCGAGCGGAAAUCCGCGCGUUUUGGUCCGAAAUCGGAGGGAGAAUCCGUCCACAGAGAGUUCGAUCCACUGGCGAGAACGCAAUCGGUUGCGGGACAAGUGCGCGACAUUCUCUACUCGCGCAGCAAAAGUCCACUUCCCCCCGCGGCUACAGCCGGGAGAGCUUCCAGCGCUGGCGGAAGGAGCGGCGCACCGCAGCUGGGCUAUCCAGCAGGACAAGCGCGGGGUCGUAGUCGCGGACGCGCGGAGGGCAGCGCCGGCGGAGAAGAUGGCCUGUCCCUCGAGGUCGGGGGCAGCGUUAGUCUCGGCGACCCUCCGCGGGCCCCCUUCGAGCUUGCCGACCUUCGGGGAGCCACCUUCGACCAGAACUACGAUUUGGCGCCAAACGCCAUGGGUUCACACCAUCGCUCGUCGAUCUUGCGGUCGAACUUCGAAACCGGACCUCCGGAACAGGAGUUCCAAGCCAACCGCGCACGGUCCCGGAGCUCGGGCGCCGAGACGCCGCGAGUCGACAUCGAGGGCAACGUUAUGGACCGCAAAGAGGCGGAGUUGGUGGACGACUUCCUCUCCCGCCCCCCCGCGUACUUCUGCAUGCGCAACCGCAUUCUGUACACCAACGUCCAGAAGCUCGCGGCAAACCGCUUUGCCGACCGGGCGCUGCUACCCAGAGCGGAGAGCGAGUUCCUGCAGCAAUUGGACAUGCUGAACGUACAGCUGGAUCGCGACCGGGACGCGCGCCAGCGGUGGCAGGAGCAGGCGGACCUGGCCACGAAGGAGACCAUGCAGCAAGCCGUCAACGACACCUCCCAGGUUCAGGCGAAAUUGGAAAUUUUGAAUCGCGUGUCCGCCCUGUCCAUGGAGGACACCAAGCAGCUGCGGGAUUCGCUGCGCGAAAAAGAAGUGGCGGAGCAGGAGGAAGCGAGAGAAAAAUCUAGGAAAUCGAGUAAGCGGCAGCCGUCGGAUCCGGGCAGAAGGUCCACGACGCAGAUGACACAAGCAAGCAGGGCUACUGCAGCCUCUGCAGUCGUGGCCGCACCUGCUGGGGGAGGAGGUGGUGUGCCCGCGCAGGGGCAGGCACGGUCGGCCACCCAAGCGUCAUCGGUUUCCGUAGAGGAGCGGAGCACGCAGCCCAAGAAGGGCAUUGUCCAGCAGCGCCUAGAAGCGAUGAAGUCCAAAAAGGAGGUCCAGCGCGCGGACAUCGAUCGCGGAUACGCCUUGGUGGAAAGUCUGGUGGGUCCCCUGGCGGCAAGACCCUUUAACGACACGUACAGCAAAGCCAAGCCGAAUCCAGUGCUGGCUGCUGCAACCACCAGCCAAAAACCUGCAACCGCCCCGUCGGUUCGUAGCGAGGGGUCGGCCCGAUUGUCCGCCAGCGGCAUCGUGGCCGGAGAGGAUGAACACGACCAAGUGCUGAAGUCUAGAUCGAAAAAGAAGAACCAGCGCGCGAAAGCAGAAGGCGAAGCGAGCAACUACGGGUACUACGAUCCCUACGGGUACUACGGGGCCGGGUAUUACGACAAGCACUGGGAUUCCAACAAGCACUGGUCAGACCAGUACGACAACUACAUUGCGGGCCCGGGCGCCGGGCAUCGCGGCGCCGCACAGUGGGUGCCACCCCCGAAGGGCGGCCUCACCGCCUACGGCGGGGCGACGGGCACGUACAACGAAAGGAAGUUCGGCAAGCCGCUGUCAAAGCAGGAACUUGGACGAACUGACUUCCGGAAGGGGUACGACUGGCAGGCCGGCAGGGUGCACCCAGCGCUGGACGACCAGUUGCGCGGACCUCCACGCGCAAUGGGCGCGCCACUCAAGUACUCAAUCAAAACGUACAGGUAAAAUCGUGUUUCGAAGUAGUGCGCCCGAAGAAGAGCGUUGUUGAGGAGUUUUUUCCAGAGAAGAUUUGAAGAUACGUUCACACAUUCACACUAAAAACAUACAAAAAAAAUUCCAAAUUAUACCACUAUAUCAGUUUUCAUACUUUUACGAAGCAACAUCAACGAGGCGUAGCCCCGCGAUAAGAAGUAUCGCAUAGCAUAGAAGACCGCGACCACCGAGUGGCCAUACAGUAGAGGUUGGGUUUGCCUCCCAUCAUAAUUUUCGAUAUCAGGUACAGGUCGUUCACAGUUUAAAAUUCAUAAUUAACAUCACACUUUUUUUUUCAAGCGUCAAAUUACAUCAAGCGUUUUCCUAUCUCCCAUACAGUAGAGGCGAGAAUCGAUUUUCGUUUUCAUUUUCUUUUCUGAGAAGUAGGAGACACGACCCAUGCUACUUUACUCCCAAAUCAUUCAGAACCCGCGAAAAACCUCAAAGAAUUUUUUACCGUAGACUAGAACUGUAGCUAG